CCAAAUAAAAUUAGAUAGACGCCAAAUUGUUUUCGCAGUUCUUAUUUUUCAAAUUGACACUUAUUAAUUUACAAGUAAGUUAUCAUAUAUUUUUUUAUGUAAAAUUCAUAAAUGACCAUUCGUCACGAGUAUGAUAAAUUGUUUAAAGAAGAAAAAAACAAGUUGAACAUAUCUGCAGCAAGAAAAAGAUUAAAAUUCAUUUUGGAAGAAGGUUGUGAUAUCAUGGUUGACAAAACUCGAGCCAGACAUUUACCUGAAUGGUUUGACGAAGAAUUGUUUAUAAGUGGACAAAAAUGUUACUUGUCGAAUAUUUAUACAGCGUUCAUAGUUAAUGUCAUUGGUUUAAUAUUGGUGGCAUCAAUACCUACGGUUAUUGAUGUAGUGGUGCUCACAAACAAAUCAAAUACCCCUUUUAAGGCAUAUAAACGAUAUACAGAUACACUUCAACAUGUUUUAAACUGGUACACUUAUGACGUGAAAGAUAUGAAAUCAAAAUGUCAAAAAUCGAUAUCUGUAGUCCACGGACUUCAUUGCGCCGCUAGCCAAGCAUCUAACAAAUGCGGACUCGGUAAAAGGGUAACACAAACAGACAUGGCAAUAUCGCAAUUCAUUUUUAUGGGCUUGAUUUUGUUAAAGAAAAAAGAACUGGGUUUUUCCUGCACAGAAAACGAUGAAAUGGCCAUCGUGCACUUAUGGCGAACUCUUGGAUACUUUUUAGGCAUUGAUGACAAUUCCUACUAUCGGUUUAGAUUCAACCUUUGCCAAGGCACUCUGGAAGAAGUACGGGACCUUUGUGCAGUAGUAUUGAGUGACGUGUACACACCUAGUCUAUCGCUACCACCCAAGGAUUUUGAUUGUAUAGUUGAAGCAAUGAUCGAAGGUUUUAAACCAGUUUUGCCAAUAAUCGACUUAAAAGCAAUCAUGAGAUAUACGAGAGAAUUAUGUUAUCUACCAACAAAACCGUUGACCAGCUAUAAAAGUAGAUGGCUUUACAAUGUUCAAGAAUUAAUACACAACACGCUUCUUACCAAGCAAUGGUUAGCGUGGGCAUGCAGACCUAUUCUAAACUAUCUUUUAAGGAUAUCUGUUUGGAUUAACAUGAAUUUCCCGGUGAUCGCGGCAAUAAAAUUCGGUACAAGAGCUUUUCACGAUAUUGAAGAACCACAUAAUCAUAUUAACUAGUCAGUACACCGCAUUUUAUUAAAAAAGAAAUGUGGCCUCUAAUUGGCCGAUAUGGCGAUGAAACUAUUAAUUUUUAGAAGAAAACAAGAAUAUGAAGGCACUUUAAUUAAAUAUCAUUAACGUUACAUAGGUAUACUAAUUUCCUUUGUCUUGCUUUUUAUAAUUUAAUACUAUAUCUUAAUUUAAAAAAUUAAAAACUAUGAAAAUAAUACAAUAAUAAUUUUUAAUAUUAUUCAAAUACGUCCUUGUACUUUUUGCUUAUUAAACGCCUAUAAA